AUGGCAACCGCAGGGCUGAAAAUUGAAGUUUUAGAACCGCUGGCAAGGUGUAGAGUUACAUUCAAUGGCCGUCUCAGGCAUGGGCAGAGGAACAAAUGGGACGCAAAUGACGAGGGGAAUCUGGUCCACGUCGAGUUUGCCUUUGUGAAUUACGGCCAAAUUGUAGCCGCAGAUGUCGGCGUCUGCAUACAAGAGAUGGUAGAGGCAGACGUUGCCGAUGUGCUCUUUACAAGAGAUCCGGUGACUGGUAACCCUGGAAUCAUGACCAUCAACGUAUCAUACGGGAUUGGAGAGGCAGUUGUGUCGGGAGUGACGGAACCUGACACUAUCUAUCUGCAAAGAAGUUUCAUUGAUAAGCUCGUGGUCAAGAGAAAGAUUCUGGGAAGCAAGAAGAUAAAGACGGUUGUCACCGAGAGAGGAGGAUUGAUGGAGCUGGAGACACAUAGCAUGACUAAUUGCUGCAUAACAGACAACACUGCACUAGACGUGGGAUACGUUGGGAUACAAGUUGAGAAGUCGUUCUCCGAUGCUCGAGACAUCGAGUUUGCAGUGAAAGAUGGCCGGAUAUACCUGCUUCAGGCUCGACCAAUCACGUCCCUUAAUAUCGAGUCAGAGUUUGAGCUCAUACAUGAGUGUGAUGGGCCGUUGUUAAUUGACAACGAAAUGUUUACAAAUGCCAACACCGGAGAAAUGAUGCCACAGGCUAUGACUCCACUCACCUCCGAUGUGUUUAUUUCCAAUUUUAAUGGUCUAGGGCAGGGUUUGAAAUGCUGGGCAGCAAAGCAUGCCAACGGUCAUACGCAGAAAUGGGAGGGUCUACAUUUUGCAAACAUUUCUUCCUUAAUAUGUGCACAGGAAUGUAUUACCUGAAUGAAUACACGGCAUUCGUCAACACAAAAGACGCAAAGGACGAAUGCGAGGUCAUGUUUUUUGGAAAGUCACUAGGUGAUGGAAAUUUGGACAUGAUCCAUAAUCGUUACAGGAAUCUCUACAUACCGUGGUACAGAAAGAUUAUGGGAGGUCUCCAGUUUCACAUAUCUGCGCUUAGAGGCAAGCGCUACAUUCAGCAAGGUAAAGCCAGGAUCGAAGCGACAAACACAGACUUCAGUACCACAGACACACAUUUGCUAUAUCAAGAAAUUGACAAACUACUUCAGACUGGUGGUGAGACAUGGAACUGCCACAUGAAAGCAUCAAUGGCUGCUUUCCUAGGCAGUGGCAUAAUCAGGCGAAUUUUGGACAGUGGUCUAGAUGAAGAUCACGCUAGCGUGAUGUCCGACGUUGCUCUACUUCUAUCAACCUGCCCAGACGUACUGAGUGCUGACGUACCACAUGCUCUCAGGAAAAUUGCGGGAAUGGUGAUUGACAGCGAUAAAGCCGAGUUCUUUCAGUCAUUGUCUUCAAUCGAGGCACAGCAUUUGUCUUCAAUCGAGGCAGUUCGUUGGCUAAAUACGGAUGAGAGCGGAGAGCUGAAAGUCGAGUUUGCCAAAUUUAUAGAGAUGCAUGGUCACAGAUGCGUACGCGAGUCUGAACUAUGGGAAAAUCCAUGGAGAGUUGAACCUGAAAAGGUUGUCAGAACCAUACAGGAUAUGACGAAAUCACCAGACAAGAUGAAGAACACGAAAAAGUUCAUGACAGAGGAGGAAGCCAUUGAGAAUAUUAAGCUACCAAUAGGCUUCAUUAAAACCUAUAUCUAG